UACCUAUUGUUAUUAUUCAAAUAUCGUUAUCCAGUUAUUUUAUCUCAUGGUUUUCACUUUUUUCAGUUCUUUCCGAUGGAAGAAACUCGUGUAGCUACCUGGAACGAUUCUUCUGAACACGAUGGAAGUUUUACUGUAAAACGCUUGAUGUUGAUUCUUGCAAGAUACUCGGAUUUUAAGGCAAGUCUACUGGAACUUCUUGAGAAACAUAACCUUCAUCCCAGAGAGGCGCGAGGAAUCAUCUCCAAAAAUCCCAGCUGUUUCAUCCUGGAAUGUGAAAUAGUUCGAGCGAGACUCCAGCUGGAUCUCUGUCCAUCACAUUCUGGGCCCGAAGGUUGUCAGAAAUUAGGUUCCUGUAACAAGCUCCAUAUAUGUCCAAGAUAUGUCCACAACUUGUGCUCAGAAAAGCAGUGCUUUCUAGGUCAUGCAUGGCGGACGAACCACAACAACAUAGUCUUUACACAGAUUCACAUUGACACUCUUCCAGUAGCAAUCAUCCACAUGCUAGUAAAAUUAACAACUAGGCCACCUCAGUUAAGCAUCUGCAAAAAGUAUAAUAACAAGCAAUGUAACAACUCCAACUGCGGUAAACUCCACAUCUGUGCUAAAUCUUUCUUGGAAGAAGGAAGGAGUCGCCACAAGAAAUGCCAACUGAAUCACAGCUUAAUGACUCAACAGUGUCAGUUCCUAUUCAGAACCCACAGUAUAGCGACAAAUGACUCACUAAAAGAUGUUAUAACCAGUUUGGUAAGUGCCAGCCCUGACUUCUCUGAUUCUAAACCUGUAACACCACCUCAGGGUCAAAAGCAUAAUAAAGUAAAAGAAAAUUCAAACAAGCAAAUGGGGGUACCAAAAAACACAGGUCCAGCAGAUGGUAGCUCAGCCUCACCUGUAGAUUUAAGCACUGUAAAGGCUGAUGCUUCAAACAAUCCAAUAAAGGCAAAACAGUUAAACGAUGUACUACCUGAUAGUCCGAAAGGGGUAGUUAAAGAUGCAAGCCCAGAUGAAACCCAUGAAAAGGAGCCUGUCAAAACAAAAGAUUUUUUUAUUUAUAAGACGUGUUGGUCUGUUGAUGUCCUGGGGAAUGUCAACAUUCCAGAAAUAUGUUGCGAUUCUGUAGAAGGUUUGUGUGUAAAGGAAGCUACUGGUUGCCCGCGACUCCAUGCCCCCCAGCAUUUCCACUGGCAAAUUAGCGAUUUAGUUUCCCCCAACUGGUACAACCUCCCAAUCCUCCAUGCGAAAUGUCUUGAGUUUUCUUACUGUGAUCCAGCACAAGAUAAUAUUACUCUGCCUCGCUUGGACCCAUCAACACAAAGUCCUCCCAUUGAUGACUUGCUGCCUACGUUAGGACGGGGUGUUUGGAAAGCAAACUUCCAGAAAUUAGAACUUACAACCUCUCUGUCAGAUAAGAAACUGCAGUUGCGAAGGCUUUGUACUGAGCCUGUUGCAGAUCUAAACAUUAUGGCUAGCAAUUACAUCUGGUACUUUCUAGAUGACAACAACGUUUGGGUUCCAUAUGGGAACAAUGCAACAAAACCAUAUGCUGAAAGCUUGUCAGCAAAGAUUGAAAAACAUUAUUUACAAAAUCAGUCCCAGAAAAUAAAGGUGAUAGUUAAUCAGCAUACCUAUAUUUUAGACUUUCUCACAAUGUCUCAGACAAAUAAGGAAACGAACAAAGUCCGAAACGUUCGCCGGCGACCUGGCCAUCAUCUUGAAGAAAAGAAAGAGAAAUCCUUAGUACCUCACACAUGGACUCCCAUGAACCCUGAAAUGCAAAUGGUAUAAUUUCUUUUAUCAACAUCGUCUAGUGAAUACCUGAAAAUAGCAGCCCUAAUUCAGAGACCACUUGCCACAGAAGGCUUAAAGAUAGUUAGAAUCAGGCGAAUUCAGAAUCCUCAGCUGUGGCGGAAUUUCCAAAACACGAAAAAUUCACUGAAGGCUGAUUCCAGAAUAUCCUCUGUUGACGAUCUCCAAGUAUUCAAGAACAUGAGGAAUUCAUCUAAGGGUAUUAUAUGUUCAGCCAACUUUGAUUGGAAAGAUCAUGAGGCUACUACCGAUAUGAAAUAUGGUCAAGGAAUUCAUUUCUACACAGAUCCAUCCGUAGCAUGUAAGAACACUGAGGGCUGUAGAGCUUCCUUUCGGUAUCUGUUUGUCGUGCGUGUCUUGGUGGCCUCCAAAACGAAGGGUCCCAUACUGCAACCUAUGUUAAAGGGGUAUGAUACCAUCGUAGACAACACAUCUAAGCCUACAGUCAUCGUUAAAUGUGACAAGAAUCAUUAUUAUCCCGAAUAUCUGGUCACAAUGCAUUCUGAGAUUUAGAAUUGUCAAUUACCAACAGACUGAAAAAUGAAGCAGAUUCUUUGGGUCGUUGAAGUAAAAUCUUCACCACUUCAUGUAUCAUGUCCUAGCAAUGUUUUCACUGUCAAUUUUUAAAAUAUUGUAAAUUCUUAAGUCUUGUGUUCUGGUAAUACCCUGGAUAUUAACUUUAUGGAUAAGCCAAACUUAAUUGUGUAAUGCCUUAGAUUCACAUUUUAUAAAAGUGUGGUUUGCCUUACAAAGUGUAAAGUAUGUAGGCUAUGUCUGUUUUAUUAAUCCAUUGGAUAGCUGACUAUGAGUGAUGGCACCGCAUAAUCCGAAUACUUGAUAAUAAUCUUCAGUCGAAAAUUCUUUUUACUUACCAUUUAUUUAUUAUAGUCUGUAUUUAUAUUUUAGUUUUAAGACACUGUGUUUGUGUCUGGGCAAUUAAGGGACUGAAAGAAUUUGGGUAUGUGGGAAUUUGGAGCGAGUACAGUUAAUUAACAAACCGAUAUCACCCUCGCCAACUAUAUAACUGUCCUGAUGCUGCUGAUGCGAAACUGUGAUUGUUCCCAAGACUUAACAAUUUAUGUUCGAUCUAGGGUCUUACACAUACCUGAUAAAAAAUGUCAGCUCUAAUAUGGCAAAAACUUUCCUUUCCUAUAUAAUUUUUUUUUUCGGAAACUGUCUGCAAGAUUUUUCUUUUCUUCUUCUUCUUCUUCUUCUUCCCUGCCCAUAAGUCAUUAGAAGAACUGUUUCGAUGCCAUAUUUUCAUAACAUGCUCAUUUGAACUGGUGUGUUAUUCAGGAAUCUUUUCCGCUUAACUAAACAUCAAGUGUUUUCUUCUAGACAUUUCAGCUUGUUAUGAAAAUAGUUCCAUUAGUUCUGUACCAUUAAUGAUAUUGAAAUUACAUAUACUAUUAUCCAAACCUUCUGAUACUUUUUAUGAUUCUUUAUUUAGAGCACAAAAUGAUUUAAGUAAAAGUUUGUAUUUGGACUUUCUAGGACAUUAGGAAUGUUAUUAAUGAAUAUUGAAUAUUAUGUUGUAUGUGUAGAGGAAUGAAGCCCCAGAAGUAAGGGUCAGGGAACCAGUGAUCAUAUCCUUUGAGGGAAGUAACCCCUCCCAUGUUUAUGUAUUUGGAUGAAGUUUUCAUUGCUAUUUUUUUCUGUUGGAAUUCAGUUCAGAGUAUACGUGCAUAUAAAGUUUCAUCAAUUAGUUAAGGAAAAUAAUUUGUGUAUAAGCUCCCGUCCCCUAGCAAGUCUCUCUGAAAAAAUGUAUAUAAAUAAACGCCAAGAUUGCCUAAA